AUGGUUCGUGAGCUGGCCACCAUAGGCAUUUUCCAAAUCCUGAUGAAGAAGAAAGAGCUCAUCCCGCUGGCCACCAUCGUCACCAUCGCCGGGUUGGGAGCCAUCUGCGUGUCCGUGUACUCUCUCUUCAAGACGGCCGUCAUCCUCAACAGGUCCAGAAAUCCAGAGCCAUGGGAGAACGUGGAUCCUACCCAGCCUCAAAAGUUACUCUCGAUUAACCAGCAGUGGAAACCCAUCGAGGAACUGCAGAAGGUGAGAAGGCUGACCAAGUGACCAAGAGACCGAGCCACC